AUGGUGGGCUCUCCUUCAUUGAAGUACUUCAAGUCAAGGCUUGAUGGCCACUUUGGGCAGACUGUAGAUGAGAUUCUUGUUCAGGCUCUGAGAAGCCGUACUAAAACUCUCAAAUCAUUGUUUUUUACCCCUACGGAUCCAGCAAGGUUAGUCCGGACAGAGUCUGUGCCCUGUGACAUCAACAACCCCCUGAGGAAGCCUCCCCGGUAUUCUGACCUGCACAUCAGUCAGACGCUCCCCAAAACCAACAAGAUCAACAAGGACCACAUUCCAGUACCUUACCAGCCUGACUCCAGCAGCAACCCCUCCUCCACAACAUCCUCCACGCCAUCCUCACCAGCCCCACCGCUCCCGCCCAGUGCCACCCCUCCUUCCCCGCUACACCCCUCCCCACAGUGCACCAGACAACAGAAGAAUUUCAACCUGCCAGCUUCCCAUUACUACAAAUACAAACAGCAGUUCAUUUUCCCAGAUGUGGUCCCAGUGCCUGAGACACCUAAUCGAGCACCCCAAGUCAUUCUCCAUCCAGUGAACUCAAAUCCAAUCCUGGAAGGAAACCCAUUACUUCAAAUUGAAGUGGAGCCAACGUCAGAGAAUGAGGAGGGGAACAACGAAGCUGAGGAAUCAGAAGACGACUUCGAGGAGAUGAACCUCUCGCUCCUAUCUGCCCGCAAUUUCCCUCGAAAAGCCAGUCAGACCAGCAUCUUCCUCCAAGAGUGGGACAUCCCCUUUGAGCAGCUGGAGAUGGGCGAACUCAUUGGCAAGGGCCGAUUUGGGAAGGUGUAUCACGGCCGCUGGCAUGGCGAAGUGGCCAUCAGGCUUAUUGAUAUCGAGAGGGACAAUGAGGACCAGCUAAAGGCCUUCAAGCGGGAGGUCAUGGCUUACCGUCAGACACGGCAUGAGAACGUGGUGCUCUUCAUGGGGGCCUGCAUGAGCCCACCCCACUUGGCAAUCAUCACCAGUCUGUGUAAAGGACGGACUCUGUACUCAGUGGUGAGAGAUGCCAAAAUUGUCUUGGAUGUCAACAAAACAAGGCAGAUUGCCCAAGAGAUUGUGAAGGGCAUGGGGUAUCUCCAUGCCAAAGGAAUCCUGCAUAAAGACCUGAAGUCCAAAAAUGUCUUCUAUGACAAUGGUAAAGUGGUGAUCACAGACUUCGGGCUCUUCAGCAUUUCAGGAGUGCUGCAGGCGGGCAGGAGGGAGAACAAACUACGCAUCCAGAAUGGUUGGCUGUGCCACCUUGCUCCAGAAAUCAUCCGUCAGCUCUCCCCUGACACAGAGGAGGACAAGCUCCCCUUUUCUAAGCACUCAGACGUGUUUGCACUUGGCACAAUCUGGUAUGAACUCCAUGCCAGGGAGUGGCCUUACAAGACUCAACCGGCAGAGGCAAUAAUAUGGCAGAUGGGAAGAGGAAUGAAACCAAACCUCAGCCAGAUUGGACUAGGAAAAGAGAUCUCGGACAUUCUUCUUUUCUGCUGGGCUUUUGAGCAGGAAGAGAGACCAACCUUCACCAAGCUCAUGGAAAUGCUGGAGAAACUGCCGAAGCGAAACCGCCGCCUUUCUCACCCUGGACAUUUCUGGAAGUCAGCAGAGUAA